CAGCUUGUUGGAACCUGACGCUUAGAACAAUAUUUUUAGUAUAUUAAAAGUACGGUUAUAUUUAAAAAUAUCCACUCCUGUAAUCGCUCCUGCCACCUUCAGACAUAGGUAUGUCCAGUGCAGCGUAACUUUCACUAAUUGAAUUUUAAAACCCUUUCAUGGCCAAAAACUUUUAGCAAUCUUUUGAGGGUUUUCGACAAAUGGCUUUUCCUGUGUAUAUGUUCCUAUAGUUUCACAAGAGUACUCGCCGGCGUCCGUCGGUCCUCUCCACACAAAGAGAUUAUAGCUUAAUCAGAAAACAAUACUUUAUUCCAAAUCUUCCAGAGUCAAUGAACCACAAUUUUGAACAAACUGAAGUCGAGUAACUCACGGAGUAAUUUAGGGCCCGGACCUGACGGUAACUCCUAAUAUUGCCAGACAAAAGUCCCAUCCUGACCAUCCACAAGCUAACUUCUACCCCUCUUACUUCUUUAAGGCACUUCUCGAGGUUCACACUUGACGCCUUACGAUUCCGCAACGUCUGACUCACCAAAAAGCGGCCAUUUCUUGGUUCUGUGCAUACUUUUCUUCUCGAACCGGUUCUUCUUUUUACCGAACCGGUCUCUUGAUACCGUUGCCAAGUCCUCUUGACAGUUGAACCACUCACAUUUAGCAGCUGAGACACGUAAGCUUGCGAAAAACCUUUAAGUAGGGCUAUAAUUUUACCGGCCCUUAUCGCUUUAUCAAUCAUAUCAAAAACUAUCAAAGUAGUAUCAUAAAUAAUCAUAUCAGCCCCCCUAGCAUGAGCACCGCGAAAUAAAGGGCCGUCCAUUAAUCAAGUGAUGUUUUUUUUGCCAUUUUUAACCCCCCCUCCCCCUUGGUGAUACAUGGUGAGGUUAAAGACUACCCCAUAUAACGACAUCUAACUUUAUUACGGAAAAUUAAAGACUAAUAACGUUUAGAGGUAGACAGAAAGGUUGCAGGUUGUUUUUGACUGACAAAAAUACCUAUAAUAAAAGAAACCGAAAAACUAAUACAUGAACAUUAUUUAAUGUACAUUAUCCUCGGACCACGGAAAUACACGUGAUAUAGUACUACACCACCCUCCCCGUUGUGAUUUUUAUGGACCCCUCCCCACCCCUCAUUUCGAGCCUCACGUGAUUAAUGGACAACCCCUUUACCAAAUUUCAUUAGAAUCUGUUCUUCGGUUUAAGUUUGAAGUCAGGUAACAGACAUACAUACUUUCGCGUUUAUAAUAUUAUGUAGUAUGGAUAUGGAUUUUUGUGGUUUUGUUUUUAUGAAGUAGGGUAAAGAGAUGGGGAUAGAGACCAUAUCUUAUCCCAAAAUAUUGUUCAAAAGGUACCUAACAUUUUAUAUCAUUUUAAACAUUAUGGUAUAAGCUCUCAUUUCUGCACUUAUAAUAACAAUAAUAGUUUAUUUCUUUUAUAAAAUUUGGCACACAACAAUAAACAAAUGAUUUGAUAGACAAGGCACCCGCAAUACAGAAGCUAAACUUUGCACUAAUCUCCGUAGCAUGAGCACCACAAUCUACAUUAUAUCACGUUUUUUUAUCGUAUUUUUAUCGGGUCUAACUGUCAAACUCCAUAGUAAUCUGACAAUUGAGCGUGAUAAAAGAUAAUUAUGUCAUAUCGCAGUGCUUAUGCCAAGGGGGCAGGAGUCCUAUCUACCAAACACAGGGUGUUAUAACAUUAUAUGCCGAUACUUAGUUGUCUUCCACUUAUUUGCAGAGUUCACAGAUGGCGGUGUUGCGUUUGGGAUUUGUCCUAACGGCAGUGCUCUUCACAACAUCGCUGACAAAUUCCGAACAAGAUCUACCAUGCCGCGCCCGCAAUCUUGGAAUAGAAGGCAGGUCCAUUGUCUGCGUCUGCGAUGCGAAUUAUUGUGACACCAUUACCCGCGAAGAUCCUAGCAGAGGCACAUACGUAGUCUACACGAGUAGCGACUCGGGAAAACGUUUUGAGAAAUCGUUUGGGCAAAUACAGACAGUCGCUCUCAAUGACCCUGAGAGCACAAAAGCAGACAAAGAACCGACACCAAAAGAAAUGCUCGAAAAAUCGGAUUUUGACGGACAAGAGAACACGACGAUUUGGAACUCCGUGAGGCUGAGGCUGUUCACGAACACGCGCUACCAAACUAUCGAAGGCUUCGGUGGCUCCGUGACUGACGCCGCCGCUAUCAAUUGGCGGAAACUAUCGGAUGCGGCACAAACGCAAUUUAUUAACACAUACUUCGGCCCCAAAGGAUUGGAAUACAACAUGAUCCGUGUACCAAUAGCCGGAGCAGACUUCUCAACGCACCCGUACACUUACAACGAGCUACCGUGGAAUGACGGCGCUCUUACAAACUACUCGCUCAGCGACGAAGAUCUUUUCCUAAAACUGCCUAUGAUCAGAAGAAGUUUACACGCCGCCAACCACGAAGUUAAGAUAACAGCCAGCUGCUGGUCACCGCCCAUAUGGAUGAAAACCAAUGAAAGGAUCACAGGUUUCGGUCAAGUAAAGAGAGAAUUCUACCAGUCUUACGCAGACUACCAUUUACGUUUCAUCGAGGAAUAUGCAAAAGCGAAUGUAAAAAUAUGGGCGAUAACGACGACCAACGAACCCAUCAACGGCAUAGUGCCAGCUGCCCCUUUCAACUCGUUGGGGUGGAUGCCUUCGCAAAUGGCAACUUGGAUCGCAAACAAUCUGGGGCCGACAAUCAGAAACUCUCCUUUCAAUGAUACUCUCAUUUUGGCUGUGGACGAUCAACGAUACUUACUGCAUUUCUACGUGAUUGGAAUGGAGAGGGCAGAACCUAAGGCGUUUGAUUACAUAGACGGCAUAGCGAUACAUUACUACGGUAACUUUGCUCCCGCACAACUCCUGACAAAUAUACAGAAUAGGUAUCCCGAUAAGAUUCUGCUGUCCACAGAAGCAUGUGAAGGAGCGAUGCCUUGGGACGCAAUGCGAGUUGAAAUCGGAUCAUGGCGUCGAGCUCGAAAUUACAUCACCAGCAUAUUACAAGAUCUGAACAACUUUGUUGUCGGUUGGAUAGACUGGAAUCUCUGCCUCAGCCCGACGGGUGGACCGAACUGGGCAGACAACUUCGUAGACUCGCCGAUUCUAGUGUACGCAGAAGACGACGAAUUCAUAAAGAACCCCAUGUUCUACGCAAUGGGUCACUUCUCCAAGUUUAUACCUAGAGGAUCUGUGCGUAUCUUGGCGUCGCGCAGAAGUAUAAUGACUAUAGAGAACCUUGCUGUUUUGACGCCACAGGGUAACAUGGUCGUUGUUUUACAUAACAGAAAUAAUCGAGAUAUGAAUGUUCGCUUGGACAUUGGUACUACCAGAUACAUUCAACUGGUAUUGGAACCACAUUCAGUGAAGACUAUAGAAAUAAACCAUAAUUAAAAUAUUUAUUAAUAACGCAAUUUCUGAUGUGGAUAACAAUUAAACAUUACAAAACUUCUAUUCUCUUAUUUAUCAAAAGCAUAACAACCCAAACUAUUGACAUUUUAUUUCACAGACUUUCUUACAUAUUAAAUUAUAGAUAUUUCUUUGAUUAGGUCAAUGUUUAGCCAUAAUUUGCAACCUUUGAGAAGCCUGGAGGAUUGUACUCUUAAUGGUUGUUAUCCAAAAUAUAUAAUAAUUUCCUUCCAUUUUUUCCAUUUUAUUGCAUAAAAUUUUCCUAUUUAAUGAAAGAAAGGUUGGUGAAUACAGUCACCAUUAUUUCUCAAAUCAAUGUUGUAUAAUAAAUUCACAUUUAUAUUAUUACAUAACUUAACACACUUUCAAAAACAACAAAUUAUGUAUUACAAAUUUAAUAAUCAGUCAGUGAAGUAAUUUUAUCUAAAGGCCAAACACGACAAAUCACUCUACUUCGAAUGAGACCCUGAGGAACAGGCCCAUAUAGCCGCGAGUCUGCUGAAUUGUGAGAAUUAUCACCUUCUAACCAUACAUGUCCUUUUGGCACUACUUGACUACGUCUAGGGAAAUAACCCUUCACACGAUCACCAGGCAUUCCCACUAUCCUUUUACAUAUAUUCUGUUUAGGAUUACUUGGACUUUUAGCUAUGACAAUGUCUCCUCGUUGUAGCCUUUGUAUUCUUGGAGUAAUGUGCUCUGUGACUAAUAUAUUAUUGGAUUCCAAAGUGGGUUCCAUAGAUGGGCCAGAACACUGUAAAAAAUUAUAAAGUUAUUGGGUUACAAGUUAUUGAACAGCAGUGUUUUUAUGUAUCAUAACAUAACAUUUGGUAAAUUCUUCUGGCAGGGACAUGAAACGUACCAUUACAAAGUCGCCUAUGUAUUCAAAGGUACAGUGAGUAACACAGGCAUAUUGGAAAACAUAUCCGAGGAAACCGCAAGUUUUCCCAAUAACUUUUAAAAAAGGCAUAUUAUAUCCCGCUUGAAACUAUCAGAGUAAAAGAUAGAUAGACACUUUAGUAACAGAAGCACAAUAGUACUUUAUAUUUAAACCUUAACAAAAUAGGCAUCUAUUGAAAAAUAUACUUUUCAUUCGUACUUGUGCUUUGAAAUAAUAUUAGAAAACGUGUAAAACAAAUAUAAAGCAAAUCUAUUUUUUAGUUUUUGUUUUUCUUUGACAAGAUCAAG